GGUGAAGAAAAGCUUUGAUGAAAAGAAAAACCAAAUGUGGCAUUGAUUGUACAUGUGGUGUAGUUUGCCUUUCCUGCUUCCAUUGCUCAUUAUGAAGGAGUUUAAGAACCCCUGCUCUGGUGAGUGUAGUGACUCUGUCGGUUCAUUGAUUGAUGUGGCACUCGCUAGGGAAAUACAAGUAGAGGAGUUUUGUUGAGCUGUUGUAACUCCACACGUACUACCUUGCUCGAGGGGAGAGCUGAACUGCUACGUGUUCACACACCACAAGAGGCCGUGUACCGUCCGCGAUUGUUUUGAGAGUGUAGAAUGUAAGAUUUGGCUUCAUGUGACAGUCGAAUCGUUGAAUAUUGUAUCAUUUACAAUACAGUAGGUUUGCUGUGAGCCAUAAACAACAUGGAUGUACUUGUACAUGUACCAUAACAAAACAUACCACUGUUGGGCACAACAACACACGGCACCAGUACUACUCUGGAUAGUCAUCAGCCACUUCGGGUACCCACCACAGACCACGAAAUAUCCCACGGUACGCCGUUUGCGGUUACUAUACACGAACACGCACACAACAGCUUGAUUGCUUUACCAUUCGCAUCUGAGAUGAGAUUAUAAGCUUUUCUGAAAGAUUGGUGUGAAGGAAGGAGGGUCUUUGUCAUCUUGGAUAAUUGACUCUGCGUGUGUAUGUGGUGCAGUCGUUCGGAACCGCUGUGGUGCCCCUACUCAUCUUAGCUGACAUUCAGUUUACCAACGGAACAUCUACUUAUCAAGUUAUGUGACGCUAGCUUGAAGAACUUCUGAAAUCAUUAAAGAGUAUCCACUACUGCAGGUCGUUUUCUUUGAUACAUCAUUCACAUUGGUAGUUAGCAGAGAGCCUUUGUUUUCGUCUGCACAAAAUGUACUGAUACAGUCGUCUCCUAAAACACUCUCACAGUACCCCCAAAAAAAAAAACAUGCAGCGACUUGCCACCGUUCUCGGCAUGGUACUCCUCGUACUGCAGGCUACAUCAGCGCAGUUUUACUCCAGCGACGAAAUACGGCGUUUUACCCGGGAUGUAGAUUCCACAAUGAGUGGCAUGCGAAGCGCGGCUUACAGUGCCGACGAUACGCAAGAUAUCCAGGAGGAGAUUUUGAACUUGCUCGGUCUGAAACGAAGACCGAGGCCGGACGCCGUGAAAGGGACACACAACCGCUCGGCACCACUCUUCAUGUUGGACCUUUACCGCUCGUUGAAUACCAAGGAGUUCGAAGAUGAAGAUUUGGAUUUGUAUUUGCUCUCUGAUGAUGUGGUUACAUGGAUGCCUGGGACUACCUUCAAUUACACCAUGAAUGAGGUGUCUGCUUUAAAUCAGGCUGAUACCAUAAUGAGUCUUCCAGUACAUUACAAAGAGAAAGCAAUAGCGAAGCACGGACCUCAUCGGUACCACUUUGAUUUGACACGGAUACCUGAAGAGGAGACAGUUACAGCAGCCGAGCUCCGGGUGUUCCGAUAUAACACCAACCAAUCACCUGGGAAUGGAACCUACAGGAUUAAUAUAUACCAGGUUCUACCUCCGGAUCAAGAAAGUGGAAGAACCUCCAGGUCAAUGGCGUAUUUGGAUGGGCAAGUGGUCGGUCGAGGUGAGCAUGGAUGGCUCGUAUUUGACGUCUCGAUGGCAAGUUCUUCUUGGCGUACAUCUCCACGCGCUAACAUGGGAUUGCAAGUUACUGUGGAAACAUUACAAGGACAGUCAGUGGAUCCCAGUGUGAUCGGCUUGGUAGGGGUAGACAGUGAACAAGGCAAGGAACCAUUCAUGGUAGCCUUCUUUCAAGGCACAGAUCAACAGCGGACAUCCAGAGUGAGAAGUAGACGAAGCACAACCAGAAAACCAAGGAAGAAUAAACGACCUGAGAAGACAACUACAAACUCACUCAAUGAUCUUGGAACGCCAUCUCUGAAUGCAAACUCGGGGUCAGUCAGACAGCGAGAAUGUCAGAAGAGGUCACUGCAGGUCAACUUCCGUGACCUUGAAUGGCAGGACUGGAUCAUCGCGCCCCACGGAUACGCUGCGUACUACUGCGAAGGGGAGUGCGUAUUUCCACUCAACGACCACCUGAAUGCCACCAACCAUGCCAUAGUACAGACAUUGGUGAAUUUACGGAGUCCGGACGCCGUACCGCAAGCCUGCUGCGCUCCAACCAAACUCAGUGCUAUCUCAGUUCUCUUCUUUGACGACAGCUCUAAUGUGAUACUGAAGAAGUACAGGAAUAUGGUGGUACGUGCUUGCGGCUGUCACUGAGUCUCUGUCUCUAGAUAGUCCCCUUUAAAGUGCAUCUUUAGGUCUGCCAUUUUUUACGGGCAACAGACCGUGCAAGUCUCGCGCUGUCUUUUUUUAAAUAAUGUACCCUGUUCAAAAGGGACUAUUGGCAGCGUUGAGUAGCACAAAAUUGGUAACUUGAUUGGCCAAAAUUUACCUCAAAAAACAUUUACACCCCAAAAAACAUUUACAACAGAUUGUGCAAGUCUCCCGCUGUCUCUUGUUAAACAAUGACCAUUGUUCAAUUAGGCCUUUAGGCAGCAAUGAGUUGCAGUAAAAUGAUAACUUGAUUGGCAAAAAUUUCCCUUAAAAAACUAUUUACACCCAUUGCUAGGAGAAUAUCAAGUACUUUCGAUUUCUUUUGGCUGGAAAUAAUAAAUUCAUCAGUGAUUUUGCCUAGUUUGAUAAAAUUGAUAUUAAUUGUGAUGAACAAUCACUUUUUUACCAUGGGUGGUAAAACCUGCUGUUGUGACGCAGCUAAGACAAAAACCCAAGUUGCCCGUAAAGAUGUCAUAAUAUCAGGAACUAUCUGUUAAACAUAAAACAGAACCCUAAAUCAUUUAUAUCCUGCCUCCCCUAGUAUUUUUUUAUUUUCAUUGGAGGUUUGCGGUAGCACCUUUUAAUGUUCCCCGGGAGAAAAACUAGAGAGCCAGAGGCAGUUAUAUGUGUCUGCAAACUCAAUAUUUCAAUCAUUAAUUGCUUGAGGUCUGUUGUGAAGCUGGUAUAGCACGAAUUUGCUAAACGGUGAUAAAAUACUGCUUAGCGGAAAUUUUUACUAACCAAAUUACAUGUGAUUUACAUUGUGGAGACUGUUUCCCUGGUAAGUAAUUUCAUGAAGCUGUUUGGCAGAAAAUACUGCUUGACAAAUUUCUUUGCAAAUAAGAAUUUAGUGGGGCAACAAUCACAGCAAUGUAAACUUAAACAUAAUUUUGGCUGGUAACCCAGUUCUGUUAAGCAAUACUUUUCUGUGCUUAGCAAG